GUUCCAACCCCACUUCGUCUCAUCUGCAGCCAGUCGUCGUCAUCCUCGUCCGAGACCAGUGAUAUUAGGGUGUAGCGGCAUCGUCUUCAACCAUCGUCGUGCUUCACCCUCGUCCCUGUCGACGCCUGUCCAAGCUCUGCACCCAGGCGUACACGUCCUGCCUCAGUGGCAUCUGCUGCCAAUAUGCCAAAGAAUCUCCAAAUGUAUCGUUAAGCCUGAUAUCGGUAGAGAAGACACGUCACCCUCCUGGACACGCUCCAGCUUCGUUCCGUCCGCGCGCCCACCCCACGUUGUCCGCCGACGGCCUUUAUAUACGUGCUCCCUCGUGCGAGAACCGCCGCCACCUAAGUCCUUUUCCAAAUGCGAGUUGCAGAGUGCACCGAUGGUCUCUGUACAGCGCCGGGCGUCGCUGCCCACUCGGUGCUGUCAACGACGAUAUCCUUGACUCCCUUCGUCCUAACAUUCGUUCUUGUGUCCGCUAUCGUUUUGCGCAAUAUCUUUCCACAGCUAGCUCGCAUUCACAAUUCACGCGACGGCGCUGACCACUUUCUUCCUUCCGAUGCGCCUCUGGCCCUGCAGCAAGCUCAUGCUGAGCAUGGUGCUAAAUCACUGCGCCGACGCGUCGCAGCUGGCGCGUUUGCCACUACCAUUGGGUUAGCGGCUGUUCUGGCUGAGCUGAUCUUGUGUGAGAUAUCCGAGCUGGUCAGCCCUCAUGCGCGAGCCACCGCAUUGCGCAUCACGGUUCCUACACUUUUGUUUCUCCUCAUUGUUCUAAUUCCUUUCCUGGAACUUCAGUCGCUUAUUGCUGGAUCGGGAUGGUCUUUCCAACGGACCGCCCGAGGCCGCCUACCUCGAAUACCCUGGGUUCUUCAAUUCAGUCUCUUUAGCGCAUGGUUAUUUGUAUUCUGGUCGCUAGGGAACUUAGUCCCUGUUAAGGAUGAAAUCAUGCAUAUUGGUACCCAAGUGGUGGCAAACCGGUCGGAAACAUCCUCCAAUAGCCUAGCCCGUGCAUGUCUUGAGCGCAUUGGUGUUAUUGGUAUCUCCCUCAUGGCACUCUUGUCAGGAUUUGCCUCUGUAUCAUCGCCCUGGCAAACCUUUGGAAACAAAGCCUCACGAAUGCCCAUUUCGGAUUCUGAUAUUGCUCGCAAGCAGGCAGGGUUGGAUGCGACCAAUGAGAUGCUUUUGACUAAACGACAUCGCUUGCAAACCUUGCAACGUAAAAUCAACGAUGCCACAAGUUCUGAAAAGUCAGGAUUCGUCACCAAGUUCAUCGGCAGCUUUCGUGGCGGAGGCGAUGCGGCAGAAAUACGUAGCUUACGUCUCGAGAUUGCCGGGUUAGAGACCAUGGAAACAAACUUGGCAUCUUCAUUAAAUGCUUUACGCUCCCGACAAGCCAAUUCUGAACGUGCAUCAACCGCUGUAGGAAAAAUCCUCUUGGUACCGACAUAUGCUUUUAGUAUAUAUUGCAUCUACCGAGUCUUAGCUACUACUCUCACGACCUUCCGCCGCCUAUACUAUCCUACAGCCUCGUUUUCCUCUGCUGAUCCAAUCAACCGAUUUCUUGGGCUUUUAGCCAAACACUGGGAUCCGAAACUAGACCAGAUCGCAUGGGCAAGGCAGAUUUCUUUCUUGUUAUCCGGGGUCAUAUUGGCAGCAAGCGCGAACAGUGUUCUACAAACUUUCAAUCUGUUCGCAAAAUGGACCCCUGGGCUCUUAUACCAAGCUCAGGCGAAUCUUGCUCUACUGAUUGGACAGAUCAGUGCUAUCUAUGUAAUAUCCGCAGCUUUGCUCCUCCGAAGUAAUCUGCCAAAGGAGGUCAGCAGUGCCGUAGGAGAUGCUCUCGAAAGUGCUCUUGAGCCUAGUUUUGUAGAUAGGUGGUUCGAAGGUUGGUUCCUGCUUGCGAGUAUGGCAACUGCUGCUGGAAUUUGGAUAGGGGGCAAGAUUGGGGAAUGGGGGGAUGAUUGGGACGAUCUAGGAAUGGAAGAGAUGGGCCAAAAGCGCUCAUAAGGAGGCCGAUGCUCGUUGCUUUCAAUUCAUGGGAAGGAGUUCGAGGCGUUUGGGAGUGGCCAACUUGAAGUGUUGAUAUAUAGUCACACACUGGCUUGCAAAAAGGAAAUAGAGGUCUAACCCAACGGACGAGAUAUGCCAACUGUUCACUUUACGAAGUAUGAUGUGAAACCCUGCAAUUGCGCAACAUUGGCGAUUUGAUCUAUCUAAUGCCUUUCUCCAAGGAAUGGCAGAUCAACAGCAGAAAGUGGCCUUUUAAAUUUCCUCUGCAAUGGUUUUGAAUUCACUCUGCAUGCUUAACAUAGCAGUACGCCUCCCCAUAGUAGCCGAAGCAGUGCAAAUGUCCG